UCCCCCUCCCUCACUGUCUCACACAGUCAGACUCCAAUAAGGAAGAGGGAGAUCCACCUUUCUUGGGUUCCAUCAGAUCCUUGUCAUAUACCCACUACUUUGCCAAUUUGUGUUCCUUUUCUCUAGGCUUUUGUUGAUUUUUUGGGCUUCUGGGGAAAGGUAAAGAAAAACCUCUCAUAAUUAUUAUAAGGUUUUGAAAUCUGGUCUUGUCUCCCACUCUUUUAUAGUGCUCAUAAAGAUCUCUCCUUGUUUUCUGGCAUGAAUUCUUCAAUGCUCGCUCUGAAGUUUGAGCUCAUAUUUUGGUUGGAUAAGGCUGUUGUGUUUUCUAGAUCGGUCCCUUCUUCUUUGUUUUUUUGUAUGAUUCGAAAGUCCAGCUUGUAUCUGUGAAGAAAGAGGUGGUGACCACAAAAGCUCACUUCAAAACUUUUGUCAGAGGAAAGCUAAGUAGCAGAUGCUCGCCGCAAUCUCCAUAGCUUUUGCUUCAAAUUUCGGCUUGUCAUGAUGAAAGUAUAAGAAGGAAUUUCCAGUUCAAUAUUUAGUUGGUGGAAAGGUUGGAGGAGGAGGGGAGUGAAGCAAAGAAUAUUCUUAGCUAUAAAUCAGCCAAGGCUUCUCUUGAAUGGAACUCAUGGAAGAGCCCCUGAGAGAGAUUGGAUACUUGAAUUUGGAUCAGUCUGAUGGGACAAUGGCUGCAUCUGAAUCAGGGGAGGUGCCUUCUACUCCCUCAAUGGCUUAUACCGAUGUUAACGUCGUCCCCGAGCAUGACAAGGAGGUGUCAGGACCUGCGAUCUCCAGCUUCCAAGACAGGAUUUUUCUCAAGGCAGAAAUUUUGGCAUUGAGAGCAAAGCAGAGGUCUUUGGAUGUGAAACGGCGAGAGGCACUCGAUAAGAUACUAGACAUAAAAGGGAGCAUCAGAGUGUUUUGCCGAGUUCGAACUUCUCCUCUGAUGGACAACAAAAAGAUGAUGUCGCCCAUUUCCACCGGACCGGAGAAGAUCGCAGUUAGAUCAGUAGGAACCAGGAAAGAGUUCGAUGUCGAUAAGGUAUUCCCUCAGGAUUCAACUCAAGAGGAUUUGUUUCUCGAGGUGGAGCCGAUCCUUAGAUCUGCGCUCGAUGGCCAUAAUGUGUGCAUUCUUGCCUAUGGUCAGACUGGCACUGGAAAGACAUAUACCAUGGAAGGGACUAAUGACCGGCCAGGGAUCGUGCCUCGAGCCAUCGAAGAGCUAUUUCGCCAAGUUUCGGAAGACAAAUCGGCAUCCUUUAGCUUGUCGAUGAGUAUGCUAGAGGUCUACAUGGGUAAUCUCAGGGACCUCUUGUCCCAAAGGCACCCUUCAGCUAGACCCAUGGGUUCCAUUCCCAAAUGUUGCCUCAGCAUCUUAACUGGUAGUAAUGGCACUGUUGAAGUUGAGGGACUCACAGAUGUGAAAGUACUUGACCUUAAACAAGCGAAUCGAUGGUAUGCAAAGGGGAAGCGCGCUCGCUCUACUUCCUGGACUCAUGUCAAUGAGGCCUCAAGCAGAUCGCACUGCUUGACUAGAAUUACCAUACGCCGAUCUGGAGAUAAGGUGAAAAGUGCUAAAGUGGUAAGCAAAUUUUGGCUGGUUGAUCUGGGAGGAAGCGAGCGUUUGCUGAAAACUGGUGCCACCGGGCAAACGCUCGACGAAGGGAAGGCUAUUAAUCUGUCUCUAUCAGCCCUUGGUGAUGUUAUUGCUGCCCUGAGAAGGAGGCGAAAUCACAUUCCCUACAGGAACAGCAAGCUCACUCAGAUUCUUAGUGACUCUCUGGGUGAUGGUUCGAAGGUUUUGAUGAUCGUGCACAUCAGUCCUAGCGAUGAUGAUGUAGCGGAGACAAUAUGUUCUUUGGGGUUUGCAAAAAGAGUGAGAGCUAUAGAGGCCAAUGUUUCAGAGGAUGCAAGGAAACAAAAGGAAAAAUCUAUUUCUGAACUUGAGCAGCAGAUACAUGAUACUGAAGAAGAGCUCCAUAAAGUAAGGAGCCAGAUAGAAAGAGUUGAGAACCUGGUUCAAGAGAUGAAUAAGCUUUCUCCAGUGGAUUACCAACUUACUGAUGAUCAGAAGGGAUCACCAAGGAGCCCUCUCAUAAUAGAUCAUAUAGAAACUGAAAGAAGCCCCCAAACCAUGGAGAAAGUCAUUGGCAAAACAUGCCAUAGUUCAGUUCCUCAUUUCAUGGCUCCUACUGUAUGCAGCCGUCGGAGGCGAAGUGCAGCUGGGGAAGUAAAUAGCAAAUUAAGAGCAAUGAGAUUCGGAAACAUAAGCUCGGUGAAUUUCCUUGGAUCCCAGUCCCUAAGCUAUUCAGGCCCUUAUCUCCUAGCAAAUUCUAGGUGCUCAAAGAGUAAACCUGUAACUUCUGAAGCCAACAUUUCCAAGCGCAGAUAUUCACUAUUUUCUUGCAAACCAGAUAAUGCUAGCCAGAAUAGCACAGAUUUAAAGCCAUCCAACUCACCACGGAACAAAAAAGUCUCCACUUCUCAACCCAACUUGAGAGCUACUUCGCAUCAACACAGGAGGAGGAUGUCUGACUUAACCUAAUGAAGGAAUGGCAGCCAAAUCUAAUUGUUGGAACGAAAAAUCCGGCUUUGUGUGUGAAGUGUUAAGAGUUUGACUUGUUACACAGAUUCUGUCUUGUACAUUAUUUCAGGGUAACUGAUAUUGUCUGGUGAGUUGGAUUCAUUAGUUUGCCAACUUUGACUCAGACCUUCAUUUAUUGUUUUAGUGCAGAGGGGCUUGUACCAGAAAUUUGAUUUGUCUAAUUUGAGGGGGUGGUUCUAUGUAACUCUCAGCUCUGUCAAUGCCUGCUAAUGUUUUGAUUUGUAUUCUUGCUUCAGUAAGAAAGUAUGCCAUUGGUGUUAUCAUGA